CACAUAAAAUCAUAUCCAAACUGCUGUGAUGUGGGCUUACACUCGGUGACUCUGUCAGCCUGUUGCGACCGCCAGCAUGCAGCUAUAGACGGUUCUAUCUGUAUAUUAAAUUUCACAACAGUGCAGUUGCUAUAAGGACCGUAUUGGAAUAUCGAUUGCGAGAGUGCGAGAGCAGUUUUCGUAUCGAUUAAAGCUUUAAACAAGGAUCUAUCCUCGGUGGAAGCAAGAAAUAAUUGUGUCCCGACACAAAGGCAGCAGGAGACCAAUAAAUCCGCUGUAUCAUCUCGACGGUGUUCAUCCUUUCCUUGCCCGAGUCCGUCGAUUUUACUCACUUUGUCGCCAAGGAAUUCCACGGAAGAACUCCACCCAAGCGUCCGCACCCCCACCAUGCCGGAACCCAUGACAGACUCUGAUUCCCUGGGGGAUGUGAUCCCCCCUCGGAAGGGGUCCGGGGCCUCCCUCAGGUCGAGUAACAGCAGCGAGGGAUCGGACAAGAACCUCAAGAUGGGGGACACCGAGGUGGUAUUCGUGGAGCAACUGAACCCCAAGUACGAGUGCGUGUUCUGCAACCAAGUGCUGCGAUAUCCGGUGCAGUUCGAGGAAUGUGGUCAUCGCUGCUGCACUUCGUGCCUGCCAAGUCUUUUACGGGUUGCCCCUCGAUGCCCAUUAGACCAAGCGUCAGUGUCCAGAGACAGUGUCUAUGUGGACACGGCGUUUGGGCGAGAAAUCGGCGAGCUGGAGGUGAAAUGCCCAAACCAUGGCAGGGGCUGUGGAUGGACUGGAGUCCUCAACGACAACAAGACUCAUUUCCAGCAGUGCAUGUACAACGAAGUGGAUUGCCCCAACGCAUGCGGAGCCCACUUCGAGAAGCGAUUCCUCGAGGCCCACAUCAACGAAGACUGCACCAAGAGGAUGAUCAUGUGCGAGUUUUGCGACAAGAAGAUAUUCUACAAGGACGAGAUUGCCCACAUGAACGCCUGCAAGAAGUUUCCCGUGCCCUGCCCGAACGGCUGCAAGCUGACCGACAUUCCCCGUGAAAAGGUCAAGGAUCACGUGGAUUCAGACUGCCCUAAGGCCAAGAUACAGUGUCCCUUCAAGGACAUGGGAUGUGACUAUAAGUGUGAGCGACAGAAGAUGCAGAAACACGUCCAAGACGAGCCAGUGGAGCAUCUGACGUAUGUCGGUGAGACGAUGCUCAAACACACCACUCUGCUGGAAAAACACCAAGCUAUGCUUCUCGAUCACAAGGAUUCGUUAGGCAGCUGCGUGCAGAAAGUUCGCGACCUCGAGAUGCUGUAUGGCUCUCAGCUGGUCUGGAAGAUUGACCGGUACGCGGAGAGGGUGCAGGAGGCCAAGACCAACAAGAAAGUCACUAUUUUCAGCCCGCCAUUCCUGACCAGUCGCCAUGGUUACAAGAUGGCUGUGUCCGCAUGCCUAAAUGGCGACGGCAAAGCCAAAGGCCACUUCAUGUCCGUCUUCGUGUGCAUCUGCAAGGGCGAAUACGACGCGCUGCUGCCUUUUCCCUUCUCUCAUCGCAUCACCUUCACCUUGAUCGACCAGUGCCAGGAUCCCUCGGCCAGGAGGAAUAUCUCCUACACCAUCAAGCCCAACCCCUGCAAGGAGAAUAAACCGUUCCUCGGCCGGCCCUUGGGGGAGCGCAACGCCAGCUUUGGCACACAGAAGUUCGUGCCUUUGAACACGCUCAAGACGCUGGACUACAUCAGAGACGACACCAUGUUCAUCAAGGUCCACGUGGAUUAUAAUGAUAUGAUACUCCUGUGAUUUUGUUUUUCAGGGGCCAGAGACCCAGUGAUGGGGAACGAUAUUAUAUUUUCAUUGACCUGUUGUGAGUGGUGCCAAAGGGAUCUGAGCAUCUUUUCUACUACACGUCACAGCAAUCCCUCGAAGUCCAUCCUAGUUGUUAAGCUGCAUCCGUGAAGCGGUGGCUUAUGCUUUAAUCGAUCCGCUUUAAACUACGGCUUCGUUUUCUCUGUUACUGUUGAGAAAGUUCGUACACUAAAAGACGGUCCGUUUUCGAACACAGACUUAUAUGAGAGGGUUGAAUACAGGCUUGCGUGAUGAAAUGUAGGACGUGAGGCCAGACGAUUCGCGUAAGGUGGGGAGCUUCAGGAAUUAAUUAUUAUUGUGCAGAGUUGUAUAAAUGCUGUCAAAGAAAAAGUGCCACUAAUUUGAGUAAAUAUUUCCCCAAAUGUAAAUUAUUUUGUACCAUACGGAUGUAAACAUGCAGAUUCGUAUUAUCGAGUAUUGUAACAGUUUUUUUAUAGUUGUGAACAAAAAAUUAUUAGUUCUGAUUGAUAAAAUGGCGAAAUUUCCCUUUGUACAUACACUCAUAAAUUUAACUUUGAAAGCUAAUCGUAUUUGUGUAUAAUUGGGGUCCAUGGCUUCAUGAUUAUAGCCGUGAGGUAUAACAUCAAAAACAGUGAAUCCAAGCGUCAAAUAGUUCUGUGCCAAAAAAGUGCACACUGCACUUUAUGUCUAGUGUUUAAGGUAUAAGACUGACCAGAUAUGCAUGAUCAUGAGUGCCUAAAUAAAAUGAAGUUUUCUUCAUCAUUUUUGGUUAAUCUUCCUUUUCUGAUCUGCUGGCAACAUGAGGAAAUUUCAGUGUGGCCCUACACUGCAAUGGCCGUCGCGGUUUAAUUUUGCUGAGUCAGUUAAUUAUGUCAUACACGUACUGAAUGAUGCAGCAUCCAGGUUCCUCAGUUAUUCUGAAGUCAUACCUUUGUUCCUUUUCUCCUCUGCUCAUGCAUUUUCUUUGUCAACGAAUACAACCUUGUCCCUGUCAGCUGACGGGUCUAGACUUAGAUAUCCCAUUAAAUAUAAAGAAUAUAUUUUUGGAGAUACCUAUUGGUAUAAAUACUUCGUACCGUAUUUUAAAAUCAAAAGUAGAAAGUACAAUAUAUAUAGUACUGCCGUAAAGAUUGAUACUUCUCUAAAUCAGGUAGAAGGUGAAACAAAAUAUAAUAGAAAAAUUAUUUAUGCAGGUUUAAUUCCUUGCUCAUUAAAAUGUCAUUUCAAGCCUUUGUGGUAAAAUGAGCUGCUACUGGUUGGUGUCAUUUUUUUUAUUAAUUAAUAAAC